UGUCAAUUUUUUGUUCAACGCGAUUUAGAACAAAAUUGUUUUGGGUAGUGCAUGUUAUUUAUUUUACUUGUGGAAAAAACUUUUUGAAUUAUGCUCUUUUGGGCUGAUUGGUGUGUAAUUUGGUUAUUUUGUGCAACGCUGUGAAAUAAACAGGAGCAACUAAUCGUGACGGUCUAUCCCGCAGGCGGGAAUAUUUUGCGAAUAGGACUUUGGGACCAAAUAGUGUUGUUGAGUUUAAAAAUGAACAACUUCGUGGAUGAUCUAGAGAACUGGAUGAGUAAGCUCCCGUCAGAGCUGAAGGCUGUCCCUAUCAUCAAUCUUGCGAUUCCAGGAUCACAUGAUACGAUGUCUUAUGGCAUCAAAGAUAACGCUGAAAUCGCACCUGAUGCAGAUCCAAUCGUUGGAACGUUGAAUAAGUUUAUUCCUUGCGUUGUGAGGCGCUGGGCAGUUACACAACGUUAUGACAUAACCGAGCAGCUGAAAAAUGGAGUGCGCUACUUCGACUUACGAAUUUGCAUGAAAAGGCCGGAAAAUAAGUUUUACUUCGUACACGGACUUUUCUGUGAAGAAAUCAAUGAACCGUUGGAACAGCUUAAGAACUUUCUGCGAACCCAUCCCCGUGAAUUCGUUGUGUUGGACUGUCAGCAUUUUUAUCUCUUCAAUCCAACGGAUCAUUGCGUUCUAUCGGCAGAGCUGAAUCGUAUUUUUGAUCAAAAAAUCUACUCUCGCAAUACCAGCCAGCUCAAAGAUUGUACCCUUGAGUCUGCUACAGCAAACGGAAAACAGAUCCUCAUUGUGUAUCGUAGCGAUGCAUGCGUCAAUGAACGCUUUUGGCUCAGCCAGGAUUGGCCAACGCCUUGGCCUAACGAAGUGAAUGUAAAACAAUUACGCCAGUAUCUCGACGAAUCUCUAACCCAACGUAAGCCAGAUACAGGUUAUGUCUCACAGUGCGUUCUUACCCCGAGCGUUCGAUUUAUCGUACCAAGAUUCAUGUCCUCGUUGCGUGCUACUUGUGCCAAGGAAGUGGAAAGAAAGUUACUCGAUUGGGUGAAAGCUCAAGUUCCAGGUCCGUUUGGAGCCGAUGAUAAACCAAAAUGCAAUGUUUUUCUGGCAGACUUUAUCGAUAUUCAAGAUAACAACUUUUGUAAAACUGUAGUGAGCCUCAAUAAAAAAAUUCUCGAUCAAAACAGUAGCACACAAAACUCACCAUCCAAAAAAAGUGUCUAAUAUUUUAAGUAGACUAAUUCUCCAGGGACAAUCGUUAAAAACGCUAAUGCAUACUUGAAAGACAGGUUUGUGCAAUAUUAUGCAACAACUGAACUGAUUAUAGCUAGGCUCACUUUUCUACUAUAUAAUCAAAAUUAACCACUUAUACAUAAAUCGUGUGUGUUUCUGUGAUGGUAUUUUAUUGUAAUAUUACAGUGGAAUAAUGGCUUUUCCAAAUUCAACUACAUAAUCUACUGACGAAAACUGAACUCUAUUCUUAUAUAAACAGUGUAUUUUCCAUAGAACAGUUUCUUCACAAUCACCAGUUUCAUGUUACUGUAAGUCAAGCACAAUAUUUUGAAUUAAAGAAACAAUCAAACCUCAAAUAGGAUUCAUUUACCUUUAAGAUUAGAAAGUUUUGAGGCAAAAGAAGCAUAUUUUAGUUCCUCUGGAUUUCAUCGCACAUCUAUAUCUAGGUAUACAAACUUAAAACGAACAUAUUGUGUGAAAGGUGAAGGUUACGCAUUUUGUUUAUUUCUUUGUGAUUUACCUUGCGAUACAUGAAAGACGUUUCCUUUCGAAUACAACUCUACAUAAAUAACAAAGAAAUAGUUCAGGUGACUAGUUUCCAUAGUAAUUGUUUACCAUUCUCUGAUAAUAAUAUUCUUUAGAAGUAUUCACGUAUAAGUAUCUUUAAUUGACUGGGGAAUCUAUGAUGUUAAUGCUCAACAAGAUAUAGAUAGCUGAUAAUAUUUCACGACGACUGAAUUUCCAGUUUCGCUCAUAAACUUCGGUUACUAUAAGUAGUGAAAGAUUCAAAAAAAAUCUCCAAUGCUAAUCUUACUAUAUCCCGUCCGGUUAAAGUAUCUAUGAAUGCAAAAAAACGGGAACUAAUUGAAUAACUAUAGUUAAGAGUGAACAAAAAGCACAUAUUUUAUCGUACUGUUUUAACGUGAUAUUAAGAUUUUAACAUGUUGAUACGUAAGAUAUGUAAUCCUUACCAAGUAUUUUUUUAAAUCAAUUACACGACCAGUAGAUUGCAGUUAUUGGAGUUUUUGCACGUAUUUAGAAUUUCCUGAUUCUCGGAAAUCAUUACAGAAAACGUAGAAAAUAUUUGAACCAACAAAUUUGUAACCGUACAAAACAUUUUUGUGCUGAAACUCGAUGUUGAAUGAAUGUAUUAUGAAUCCAGCGUUUCAAUAAAACAGGUAAUUCUGUAGUGAAU